AUGCCUUAUAAUGACUCGCCGCAUGGUGACCGCGACGGAGAGAUCGAAGACGAGGAGCAGCACUGCGAUGAGGAGGAGCGGCCAUCAGAUGGUCCUCCUCGCCCAAGCCAAGGGCGAUGUCAGCAGCUGGAACCGCGAGGGGCCGCACACAGUCGCAGCGAUCUGAACAAGAAACACGCAGAGGAGCGUCGGCAGCAGGAGCAGGAGCACGGCAAGGAGUGGCAGGAGCUGGACGAACGUCACUAUGAGGAGCGCAUUGAGCUUCAUCAGCAGCACAGGGGGGACACCAGAUGCAUCAACAUGCCAAAUGAGGACCAAAUAAGGCAGCUGGACCGCUGCCACCAGCAGCAGUGGGAAGACCUCCAGCAGACCUUGCAGCAGCAGUGUCGAGAGCUGGAGCUCAGACACCAGAGAGAGUCACGAGAGCUAGAACAGAGACACCAGAGACAGCCACGAGAGCUGGAGCAGAGACACCCCAACGAGGAAGAAUCUGACGAGGAGCGGCAAGAUCGGCGUCUCAGUCAGAGGCUGUUCGAGGCGAGCGAAAGACACCGCCGACAGCAGCUUCAGCUCAGUGAACGACACCGCCAGGAGCUGGAGGAGCAGGAGAGCCGACACCGCCAGGAGAGGAAGGAUCUGGAGCGGCGCCUCAGCCGCCGGCGUCACGGCCAGGGGAGGUCCGCCAUCACCACCAUCACCGUCACCAUCACGGUCACCAUCACCAGCACCACCACCAGCACCACCGGCCUCAGGAUCAAGACCUCCACCAGCCUCUGUGAACCAUCCACCAGCAGCACCACCAGCACCACCACCAGCACCAAGUCCACCACCAGCAGGUUGACGGAGGCAGGUGUGCGGCUCUGGCGCAGCUGA